GCGGAGCGCGCGGGGCGCGGGGGGGGGAGCCUUAGUCAUUUCCCCGCUCCAGCCCGCGCCCGCCCGAGCGCGCACUCACGGCCGCUCUCCCUCCUUUGCUCCGCAGCCGCGGCCCAUGGAGCCCGCCGGCCCGGCCCCCGGCCGCCUCGGGCCGCUGCUCUGCCUGCUGCUCGCCGCGUCCUGCGCCUGGACAGGAGUGGCCGGGACGGAGGUGCAGCUGCAGGUGAUCCAGCCUGAUAAGCUCGUGUCAGUGGCUGCAGGAGAGACGGCCACUCUGCGCUGCUCCAUGACCUCCCUGCUUCCCGUGGGCUCUGUCAAGUGGUUCCGGGAGAGACUGGGUGUCCGGGAUGAGAUCUACAACUUUGGAAGCAAAGUACACAACCCCCGAGUGACCAAUGUUUCAGAUUCCACCAAGAGAGACAACAUGAACUUUUCCAUCCGCAUCCGUGAAAUCAGCCCGGCUGACAUGGGCACCUACUACUGUGUGAAGUUCCGGAAGGCGAAUGUGGAAGAUGUGGAGUUCAAGUCUGGGUCAGGCACCCAGGUCACCGUGAGUGCCAAACCUUCUCCUCCCGAGGUCUCGGGCCCCAAGACGAGGGCCCCGCCCGGGCACACAGUGAGCUUCACCUGCAAGUCCCACGGCUUCUCCCCCAGAAACAUCAGCCUGCGGUGGUUCAAAAACGGGAAGGUACUCUCGGCCUUCCAGACCAGCGUGGACCCCCAGGGGGACAGCACCUCCUACAGCAUCUCCAGCACAGCCAGGGUGCCGCUGACCUCGGGGGACGUGCGCUCCCAGGUCAUCUGUGAGGUCACCCACAUCACCCUGCCCAAGGGCUCUCCUCUCCGUGGGACGGCCAGCUUGGCUGAGAGCAUCCGAGUUCCACCCACCCUGGAGGUCUCCCAGUACCCGGCAGUGGGCAACCAGGUGAACCUCACCUGCCAGGUGAAGAAGUUCUACCCCCAGAACCUACGGCUGACCUGGCUGGAGAACGGAAACGUGUCCCGGACAGAAACGACCUUCCUCCUCUUAGAGAACAAGGACGGGACCUUUAACCGAACCAGCUGGCUCCUGGUGAACUCCUCUGCCCACCGGGAGAACGUGCCAUUCACCUGCCAGGUGGAGCACGAUGGGCAGCCGGUGCUCACCAAAUCACACACCCUGGAGGUGUCUGCGCCCCAGAAGGACCAAGGCUCAAAUGACUCCUCUGAUGCAACUCCCAGCUGGUACGGCAUCUCCAUUGCGGUGGGUGUAAUUUGUGCCCUGCUGGUGGCCCUGCUCAUCGCUGCCCUCUACCUCCUCCGAAUCCGACAGAAAAAAGCCAAAGGCUCCACUUCUUCUACCAGGUUGCAUGAGCCCGAGAAGAAUGCCAGAGAAAUAACCCAGGUACAGUCCUUGAUCCAGGAAACCAACGACGCCAACAACGACAUCACCUACGCCGACCUGAACCUGCCCAAGGGGAAGAAGCCGGCCCCGCGGGCCGCCGAGCCCAACAACCACACGGAGUACGCCAGCAUCCAGACGGGCCCGGCGUCCGGCCCCGAGGACACACUCACCUACGCCGACCUGGACAUGGUCCACCUCAACCGGGGCACCAAGCAGCCCGCGCCCAAGCCUGAGCCGUCCUGCUCAGAGUACGCCAGCGUCCAGGUGCAGAGGAAGUGAAGGGUGGGACGGUCAGCUCCGGGCACCGUCCCCACAGGCUCUCUGCCCACCACGGGCAGCCGUGAUAAGGACUGCCCCCCCGCUCAAGGGUCAGGGGGCGCAGGCCCUGGAACCCCAAGGGUGAGGGUGGCUCUCGCCUGUCCCCCGCCCACCUGGCAUGUCCAGGGCAGCCUCACCCCCCCAGCAUUGCCAGACCAGCCGGAGGCCUGAGCUGGGAGGCAGCCGGAGCCCUGGGGAGGGGGGACUGAGUAGCCUUGUGCUGCUUCUCCCUCCACCUCGGACCUUGGUCACGGUCUGAGGAAUCGGCCUCCCUGUGCGCCACAGUCUCAUCUUCCAAGACCUGGAGGGCAGAAUUCCCAUCCGCUCCCCCCGACCACCACCACACAAAUGCAUCUCUGGGGGAAGCAUUUUCCCUUUACGUCGGACUGCCCUGUCCUCUGGGGAAAGCUGGAGACGAAGCCUAUGGGAUUUGCACUCCGAGACUUGGUGACAGAAAUCGCUGCCAAUGUCCCUGGGCUGAGGAGCCACGCACCCUGGGGGAGGAGCAAACCUCCAAGGCUCCUCCCUCCUGCCCCACCCCUCAUCCUCUCAGAGGCCCCCCCUGAGACUCCUGGAGGACCCGUCACCCCAACUGUGAUUCCGCGUGGCCCCAGCUCCUCUCUCGCCCUGAGCUUGCUUCCUCCAGCUCGCACUAACUCAGCACCAUCCCGCUGUGGACGCCGCCUGUAAAUUAUUGACAAACGUGAGACGUGCAAUCUUGAAACUGAGGUGUUAGAAAAUUUGAUCUGUGAUGUUUCGUUUUCGUUUGUUUUUUUUUUCUUUUUGUUUUUUUUUCUUUCUUUUUCUUAAAACAACAGCAACGUUCUCUUGGCUCUUUGUCAUGUGUUGAAGUACAUGGUCGGGUCUUGUGCAGUCUAAGGUUUAACCGUUGGUUGCCCUGGAAGGAUCUUUUCUUCCAGCAGAAACUGGACUCCUCCAGAUCCCUGAGGAGGGGGAGGAAGGUGCCAGGGGGGCCUUAGUGCUGAGCUCCAGGACCGUCGGCCAAAUCUCCGCCAAGCCUUGUGGCUGCCCCGCUGCCUCCUGUGACCCCCAGCGUGGUUCUUCCCCGCGCCUAGCCCCCGCGCUCUCCCCGGGCUGCUGUUCCCGCACGUCUGCCGGCCUCUCAUCCAGAGAAAGGGGACCCCAGUGUCUUCCCACCACCUCUCAGCACUUUAGGGCCAAACAGGGUUUGAAAGUGCUGCUCGUCUCUUCCCCACUUGGACCCCUCCGCCCCGUCUUCAGUGACCUUCCCUCAAAUGCCCAGCUCCCAACUGACCCCCUGCAGGAGACUUCUCCCGCUGCUCCUUUCAAACCCUUUUAGGAUCAAACUGGAAUCCGUCCUACAUAGUCAGAAGCACUGAGCAGCCAGGAAGCCCCAACCGGUCCUCCUUCUGUCCCUCUGCCUCAGGAGGUUGGGCAUUGGCUGGACCCUCAGACCCCGCCACACUUCCAACUCACAGUGGAGGGCUGUUCAGCGCCCCCCUGGGGCAAGCCCACGUGGCACGCCUCGUUUAUUCAGUCUUCACGUGUCAUCGUCAGCUCGUAGGUUGAGGCACUAAUCUUCUCUGACCCCUGAGUCUGGCAUAGGCGUCCAGGGCAACCCCGGCUUAGAACCAGAAACCCUCACAACCUUCCCGACCAGCUUUGCAGGUGAACUUGAGAAGCUCAGCGUGCACAGACACACAGGCGCAGACACACACGUACACACAGGCACACAUAGACACACACAUACAAACACAUACACAGACACACAGACAUAUACACACACACACAGACACAUAGACACAUGGACACACCAUACAGACACAUUGACACACAGAAACACACAGACACACACAUACACAUACAUACACAUACAUACAUUCGCACAGACCCACAUACACAUAGACACACACAGACACACACACACAUUCAGACACAUACACAGACAGACACGCACACGUAUACACUCACACACACACACAUACCACGUGGGAGUGAUUUGGCAUUUGAUGUGAUGGCAUCCAGGAAUGCGUCAUGCCAACAGGCCAUGUGGGCAGCCCUGGCUCGCUGAGUCAGGCUUUCUCUGUGACAUCUGGGAGCACAGGACCCAGCCACCUGGCUUGGGUUAUUUCCAAACUCCAGAAGCUUGUUGGCUUGUGGGUCUGCGUCUCUCCCCUGACCCAGAGAGUGCACUCAGCACUGCUCUCUUCUCCCACACAUGCAGACCCGCUCCCAGGCUGGUCAGAGGGCUCUCGGGCACCGACUGGAUUUCCUUUGGCUUGGGAAAGGGAGUCAGUAGUCGGGGUCAAGGAAGUGGUGCCGCUUCCCUCCAGCCUGGUGGCCUGGCGGUCCCCGUUCCAUGUCUAUGGAACCCCAGGAAAAGGAAGAGGUCGUGUCAAUAGUGCAGAAGAAGCGUGGUUUGGGGAGUUUAUUUUAAGACUGCUGGCAAGGAAACAGGCCCCCUUUUUGUAUAUAGUUGCAACUUAAACUUUUUGGCUUGCAAAAUAUUUUUGUAAUAAAGAUUUCUGGGUAACAAC